UCAGUCAAAUGCGUUUGUUUUCUACUAGUAUGCAGUUAACAUAGUUUCCAGGCCCUCUAGAAAAAUUAGUCCCAGAACCAGGAGCAGAGCAUUUUUCUGUAGUAAUGCAUGCUAAAUUCAAAUGUUCCUGCGAGUAGCACUAGCUGUAGUGUAGGCCGACGAUGUUCUUGGUUUUCCAUGGAAUUGGUGGUAGUGGUACAUAUGGGAGAUUGAUUGGAUUUUCAUACCUGAGUGGUGCUGCAAAUGGAAAUAUCAGUUGCAGAGGAGGGGGUUUCUAAGGAUGGCCAUUUUCAGCGUGAAGGUGAGCUGCGGGCAAGGAACAGAGAAGCAGCUGCCAAACUGAAUAGUCCACGGGCUUCUGAAGAUGAUGAAGAAGAUGAAGACAAACAUGUUUCUGAGGACGACCACGCUCAGAUUGGAGGCGGGCUGCAGGGUAUGAAGAGAGAAGUAACCGCCAAACAAAAUGAACCACGGGCUACUGAAAUUGAGAUCAAGAAUGAAGAAGGUCAAGGUGAGUGUCUGAGAGCUGAGAAUCAGAUGUUGAGGCCGCAGAUCGUUAGCAAGACUGAAGAGCUCGAGGCCAAACAGAUUCAGAGACUCGAACUAGAGUUGCAUCUCAAGACAGAGGAGAACAAGUCUUUGAAGAAGCAGAAUGAAGAGUUGCGUGCUGAGAAUGAGUACUAUAGAAAGACCGUAAGCUCUACACGGAAUUCAGUUCGUACCCGUGUCCCUGUAGAUUAA